AUGAGGAAGCAGCUUGAGAAGGUUCCGGCUGGUUCUGCGAGACGCGGUGAUAAUGAGGACGACUCUCAGUUAAUGAGAAGCUGUCCCACCGCCGUGACCGAGAUAUCGCCCCGGAGGCGCACAAAGGUCCACGUGCUCUGGAAGGCGCCCCCUGUUGGAAGUGGCUGUGUCAUCCUGAAAGCGAAUGUCCUCUGGAAGGGGGUCAUUUCUUUCCGGGAUGGGGCCUUAGUCACCAAGAGGAUGUGUGAGGAAGAGCAGCUUCAGGGGGUCGUGGAGGAGGCCACUCCAUCAUGCUGUGCCUGUGGGACGGCCAUGUACAGACUGACCUUCUACGGGAACUGGUCAGAGGAGCUCCACCCCAAAGAUUACCCCAAGGUCUCCAGCCAUUGGUCGGCCAUCCUUGGGGCAUCACAUUCGAGGAGCUACCGGCUGUGGGCGUAUGGGAGCUACGCCAGCGAAGGCGUCCAGCAGCUCGCAGAACAGGGGUCCCCUAUCAGGAUGGAGGAAGAGAUCCGAGAGAAGGGUGAUGAAAUCCUGACUGUCAUCAAGGCGAAGGCUCUGUGGCCGGCCUGGCAGCCCCAGGACAUGAGGCCCCCACCCACGGUGGAGUUCCUGGUGGACAGAGUGCACCACAUGCUGUCUUUCUUGACCAUGCUGGGCCCCAGUCCGGACUGGGCGGUGGGGCUCUCUGCCCAGGACCUGUGUACCCAGGAGUGCAGCUGGGUCCAGAGGCUCGUGCGGGAUCUGCUGCCCUGGGACGCUGGCGUAGACAGUGGGGUCUCCUACGAGUCCCCCGCCAUGCCCACGGUGCCCCGGGAAAGAAUCCGACCCCUGACCAGCCAGGAAAACCCAGCAGGCCCCUUCUACGACCCGGAGGGCAGACCCUUGAAGCCCGUCGCGCGCGUGCUGCUGGAGAGAAUCGCUUGGAAGCAGGGGGAGCAGUGCAGCCUCACCCAGGAUACUGGUGAUGACGUCAUAGUGGAUGGCAAGCAGAGGCAGGAAGCUGCAGACUGCAGGGUGGGGGCCCGACCUGGGUGCGGCAGCCCCUUCCCCGGGGUUCACGCCGCACGCCGCAUCCUGGGCAACAGACUAGGUGGCGCUCUCAAGCUACGCUGUGCCCUGGCACUGAGAACAGGAGGCAUCUGUCCUGGAGUGGCUGGGGCUCCCAGAGCUCGGAACUCGAGGAGUCAGGACGUGGCAGUGGGGAUUCCCUGAAAAACUAGACAAACUAGAGGCUGACGCUAGAAACUGCAGGAAGAGAAAUCGGCAGGAAGGGAUG